UGUCAAAGGUGUGAACAUUUUAAUGGAACAGUUAUUUUCUUACAUCUCAUCUGCUGUGGCAUUACAUUUAAAAUCGGAGUCAGGAGCCUCCCGAGGGCUGCAGCGGUCAGACCCAGCUUCAUUCCCGGGCUGUGCCAUAGGAAUACACACAAUUGCUCCAGCGUCGUCCGGGUUAGGGGAGGGUUUGGCUCAUCGCGCCCGAGCGAGUCCUUGUUGCGGUCAGGGUGCCUGCAGGCUGACCCCGGUCGCCAAUAGGCUCUAUGCAUUAUACCGCCUCCAACAUUCUAAUUUACUUCCUACCGGGUUGAUAACUUCCGGAGCGAUUUCUGCUGUUGUUUUUAUCAUUAGCUUACUAGCUAUAACUUUAGUUGAUGCAUUUCUGACUGAAAUAGUUCGCAAUGACUACGUUUAAAUUACAGCCCGGCGAAGGAGGUGCUAAUGAACAUUUUUCAGUGCCUCUGUGUUCAGUUUCCUCCAAAUGUAAUGGUAUUGUGAGCUUCCAUAGUUUCCCGGUCGAUGUAACUUAGAGCUCAGAAAAAGGGGGUUGGUGGCAGUAUGUCGUGACAACUUUACUGUCACCAAACACACAAAGGUGUGUAGUACACAUUUCGUCGAGUGACGUUGUUGAGGGAAAAAAAUGGGGGGCGACAAUACCUAAAAAGAGGUGUUGUUCCUACUCUUCGUGUGGAACUAGCACAUUCAAAAGAGACCCGGUGUUUGGGAAAGAAGACUGAAACAUCCUGCUCCAACCGAGGAGGACGAAGAACAAGGUGCGCUGCUUAUGGACUGUGCCGUCUCUGAUCCGGUCCAGACACAUGAUUACUAUGCAGUCCCUGAACGUGACCCAAAUGACAAAACAUGAGCAUGUAAGAGAAAUUAAAGAGCUUCGAGCCAAGCUGGAGAACUGACCGCCCAAUACGGCUUUGGUCUACAUGGAUUUGCUGGUUCUGACGAGGGUAUACGUUUUUACACAAGACACUGACAUCAAUCGACGAGUAGUGUCUUGUUUAUGACUCGUCUGUCGCUGGGUUUGAAGCAGAUGGAUUUGGCUCAUCGGUUCAGCAUCUACCAAUCGACAGGGAGACGGAUUAUCAUCUCUUGGGCCAACUUCCUCUACUGUCUGCUUGGGUAAGCACGGGUAUGGAUCCACAAGGAAACCAUCGAAGCCCACCUACCACCUGAGUUCAAGGACUAUCCAGACACCCAGGAGGACAGUCACACCAGCUACAACCUGUGAGAAGGAUUUGACCUUGCACCUAGUAGUAAGCAUGAGAUCUCUUCAACUUCAGCUCUCCAUUCUGUAUCUUCAGGUAAGAAGUGUGUUGGAAUGUGUUUCAUCCGACACAUUGGUGCGGCUGGUUUCCGGGUUAAGGAGCGCGGUUAGGUGGGUCAUGUUUCGGGCAUGAUUCCACUUUCGCCUCGCGUUGGGGAGUUCCAGCGAUGAGAACAUUUCGAAAAAAAGGAGGGGGGGUAAAAUAAUAAAAAAUAUAUUUAAAAAAUCAGUGUCAGAUGCAUUUUUGUGACACAGUUGAACCCAGACCAAAAUAGUCCUUAGGGAAGGUAUUUUGUAGAAUAAACUGACAUGAUUUCAGAGCAGAGAGGAAGCAAGAGGGCUUGCUCCGGUCAAAAUAUGUCCCCGAUAAUAAGCAGACCUCCCAUUUUGGGGGAGGAGACUAGACCAUCUCGUCAUUAUAUACAUUUUCUUUGGUUAAGCAUAGUUCUGUGCUGAGUCAUCAGUCAGGUGAGCAGGGUCAGCUGACAACACUAUUUAGAUCGAAGACUCCCGCGAGCUAAGGCCAAGCAGAGUUUUGAGAGCUUGUGAGACGUCUGAAAAAGGCAUUGGGGCUCCCUGGACACUUCAAUAACCGCCCGAGAAACAGCAUGAGCCUGAAUAUGGGGUCAGCUGAUGGUGUCCUCAAGCGGGUGUCUUUUGGAUGGAACACUGAUGGAAACUUCAGCUCUGUAUGCCCCAAUGGAUCGGUAUGGGUUUGGGAAGGGCUGGGGGAAUGUGCCCAGGAUGCCAGGGACAUGGCCAGUGUCAUCCUGGGUCUGCUGUCUAUAGUGUGCUUCAUGGUUUCUUCUCUGCCGCAAUACUACAGCUCUUGUAAGAGUGGGAAUAUGGACAGCGCCUUGUCCAUUUGGUUUCUGUUGCUGUGGCUGGGGGGUGACUCCUGCAAUCUUGUAGGCUCAUUCUUAGCUGACCAACUGCCUCUACAGAUAUACACAGCAGUGUAUUAUGUACUGGCUGACUUAUUGAUGCUGGGAUUGUACUUUUACUACGUAUCUAAGCACAGGAUGAAUAACAACAGGUCGGUUCUAAAUGUAGUUGGUGCAGUCUAUAUACUGGGCUUCUUUGCCAGCCUCGUUGCCUUACCUGGGUCAGGGUCCCAACAGGAUGUGGUCCUCCCUGGGUUUAAGGGGCGGGCCUUGCUGUCAACCACUGUGGACAGUGUUAAGAUGCUUUGUCUUUGUGUCCAGGCUUUCAGCACCAAGGAGAUUAUUGGGUUUACCAUUGGCUCCAUAUCCUCAGUGCUCUACCUCUGUUCCAGACUGCCACAAAUGCACACUAAUUACUUAAGGAAGUCGACGGAGGGUGUGUCCUACUUCCUGUUUGCCCUGGUCAUCCUGGGUAACACUACGUACGGCCUGAGUGUGCUGCUGAAGAACCCUGAGCAAGGCCAGGGAGAGGGAAGCUACAUCAUCCACCACCUGCCCUGGCUCAUAGGAAGCCUGGGCACCCUCUCUCUAGACAUCCUGAUCUCCGUACAGUUCCUGAUAUACCGCAAUAAUGCCCCUCUGGAGGAGUUGGAAUCGCAGCAUGAUGAGAGAGCUACUCUGCUGGACAAAUGAAACUGCUCCCUUUGUGCUGGAUCUAGCAGUUUCAGACAAUUAUCCCCACCCAAUAGACUCACUCACAUUCCUAAACACUAAAUCCAUAACUUUUUGACAAACACAGAAAAUCCCUUUUCACUGUAUUGUUAUAUUUAUUUGUAUUUGUGUUAUGAGAAAGAUGCCACUUUGUUAAUUGGGAUUCAGCUAUAGUUUACUUUAGCUGUUCAUAAUUGCUCUUAAUCUUUUAGAGAAGGACCUUCCAACCAUUUGUCUAAAUACUUCUAGUAUUUCAAAUUUAAAAACCUCUCCUGACAAUCAUGACACUACUACUGGUAACUACAUGGAACCCUCUCGUCAGAUUAGAAUAGUCUUGUUUUGUAUUUCAGAAGUGAUUGACAAAAAAUAUUUUUUUGCAGAUCACUUCAUGUCUUGAGUAUACAGAGACAUGAAUCUUAGUGUCUUGACAUGUUCAUGUGGAUUUAUUGUAACUUCAUUAAAGUGUAAAUGUCUGAAGUACUGUACUUCAUUUAUUUGAUUGUUUACAUCAGUUGCCUUUAAGCAUUUUGAAUUGUAGAUUUAUGUACUUUUUGUUGACUCCUUUUUUGAUGUCUGAUUUCUUUUUUGUUUUGCAAUAAAAAAUAUUUUGCAUCUUCAAAGUGGUAGAGGCAUGUUGUGUAAAUCAAAUGAUACAAACCCCCCCAAAAAAUCUAUUUGAAUUCAAAAUAGGAAAAAUGCUAAGGGGGUGAAUACUUUCGCAAGCCACUAUAUGGAAAUUGUUGACACCACAAAGUAGAGACUUGGAAACACAUUAUCCAAAAUGCUAAUCAAUAAAAAUGCCUGUUAAAUUC